AUGAGGCUCACUAUAGAGACUAUCCUCCAAGCCCCUCAGUAUAAAUCUCCAGCACAAAACUGGACAAUUAACUUAAGAGGGGAGAAGGACUUCCUUGAGGGUUGUCAAUUGGAUACUAUAGAGAAUUUAGGAGCAACAGAAUAUUUAGGGCUGCCAAUUGGAUACUAUAGAGAAUUUAGGAGCAACAGAAUAUUUAGGGUUUAUUAUGGUUGCCAAUUGGAUACUAUAGAGAAUUUAGGAGCAACAGGAGAUUAUUUUGAAUGUAUUGAUUUAAGUGAUAAUCAAAUUAUUAAAUUACAAGAUAUUCCCCCUCUAUAUAGACUUAAUUCAUUGAUUGUAUGCAAUAAUCGUGUAACAAGAAUAGCCCCGGAUAUUAUGUCUUUUAUACCUAACUUGGAGUCCCUCGUUCUUACUAAUAACAGAAUUGAGCGAUUGGUUGAUUUGGUCCCUCUCUUUAGUGGGAAGAAUUUACGUCGUCUAGUGCUGCAAGCACCACCAAGACAAGCAGCAGAAUCUAUUCGUGAGGCAGCAGCAGCAGCAGAUGCAGAAGAUAAAGCAAAUACUCUUACUAAUCAACAAAGAGAAGCAAUUAAGGUCCGUUAA